CACGCAACUGUCAAGGAAACUUCUGCUUCUCACUCCGCUGCACUGAUUUAAAUCCGCACACUUAACUUUACUCACCGCUUCUAUAACCACAGCCGAAAAAGGAUCUAUUUAAGUCGGGUUUUUCUCCCCAAAAGCUGCCACUUCGUACCAAGUUGACUUCUAUAGUCGCAACACAAAACCCCCUAAAACCCACAGACUGACCGUGAUGGUGUCCGAACAGAACAGAAGGUUCACUUGUCUCCUGCACAUCCACACUUUCCUGGGAGUGAAGUGAUUAGGACCUUUAGAGAAACGUCGGUGAAGAUGUCUUUCUUGUCUUUUGGAAUGGAGAUUCUGAAGUGAUGGAGAACAAAGAGCACAGCGGUCUUGCAGAAGAGCAGGACACCGUACCUCCUCAGCGAGGACUUCUCCACAUUUGGCAGUCAGGGGGACCCAGUGAGCCUCUUUGCCCAGAAAGAGUGUGUCUUCCCCAGUGUGUCCUGCAGGUGGCCCUGGGAGAACACCAUGGACUCCUGCUGGCACAGGGUGGUCAGGUGUACUCCUUUGGAGAGCUGCUCUGGAGGGGCCUUAGCGUUCCAGUGUCAACCCCAGUGUUGGAGGUCUCCCUACAAGGGACGACGGUGGUCCGCGUGGCCUCCGGUGGUUUCCAUUGCGGAGCGCUGAGUGAGCAGGGCAGCGUCUACAUGUGGGGGGAGAACACUGCUGGACAGUGUGGGCCGACUGAGGGUGGCACAGACUCAAAUCUUACUGUUGCAGAACCGUACCCGCUGGCUGUGGUGGACAAUGAAGUGGUUCCUCCCGCGGUGGUUCGCGUUGUGGACCUGGCGUGCGGACGGGAGCACAGCCUGGCACUCUCAGCCCAGAAUGAGCUGUGGGCUUGGGGCAGCGGCUGUCAGCUGGGCCUGGUCACCAGCAACUUUCCUGUCUGGAAACCACAAAAGGUGGAGCACUUGGCAGGCAGACAUGUGAUUCAGGUAGCUUGUGGGGCUUACCACAGCCUGGCUCUGGUCCGUAGUUUGCAUCCCCAAAACUCCAAUGCACAUAAACCUCGAGAGAAGCGGUCCGCAUCACACCUGUCGCUGACGAAGAAAGACGAAUCGUUCUCUGUUGACGACGCACACUACUGUCCGCUGGGGGUGGAGCUAACUGAAAGCAUGUCAGCGGAGACUUCAGCCAGAAGACGCUCCAAACAAAGGUUUCAACCAGCUGGCGGGAGCCAUAGAUAUCAAACAGUUUUAUUUCCAUACACUUACAGCAUAUCUAACAACAAAGAGAAUGUUGGAAAAUCUGAGCCCGAUGGACAAGAUGACCCUAUAACCCAGACGGACAGCUGCACUACAUCAUACCCACUGCCAGGCUUGACAGAUAAAAAGAAACGUGCUUUCCCUAAUGAGCUGGAGCUUCAGAACCUUCUCCAAAAACUCUCCGGUCACUCAUUAGAGAUGCAAAAUAGCAGCGGGCUCGGCGAUAGCGACUCACUGAGCAGCCAGACCUCAGAUGACAGCUGUGUCUCCUCAACUCCUUUCAACGACCAGCUAUCCGCCGCCUAUACAAAUGAGGCGACAGUUUGUGAGGGGGUCAGAUCCUCCACUCCAAUGGGCUUGGAAGAGUUGUCCCUGCAGAAGAAGAAGAAGUCACUGCAAGGAUACAAGAGCUCCAGUCUCACAGACUUAAGCCGGGACGGGAAAACCGGAACGAGGCGAAGCUCCUUACCUGGAACAGCAACCCAUAAAACCCCAUCCAGACCGCACCUUUAUGGCUGCAAGUCAUCCUCUUCUAGCCCGAUCCUCAAUUCAGCAACCGAGGAGGGUUUCCCCACGCUGGAGACGGAGGUGUGGAGCUGGGGCAGAGGCUCUGAGGGGCAACUGGGCCACGGAGAUCAACUGGCCAGACUCCAGCCUCUUUGUAUUAAGUGUCUGACAGGCGAGGAAGUGAUCAAAGUUGCAGCAGGAUCCCACCAUUCACUGGCUCUCACCGCACAAUGCCAGGUGUACUCUUGGGGCAGCAACAUGUGUGGACAGCUUGGCCAUGUCAACAGUCCUGUUACUGUCCCGCAGCAGACCAAGUUGUGGGACGAUCUUCGGGCCUGGGAUGUGUCAGCGGGCCAGAGCCACUCUCUGGUCCUGGCUGACGGAGACCUUGUGGAGCCUGUCCUGUUGUACUGCGGACAGCAGCAGGAGCCGAGGCGGGAGCCCAGUGAGGCGUCGUGCCAGAGCAAGCGGCCGUGCCAGAGGUCGCCCAGCAGGGCGGAGAAUUAUACAGUCAGACCCACUUUGCUGCCUUUCUGCGUGGAGAUGGGUUACAUCAGCAAUGUGUCCAGUGGUGGCCAGAGGUGUGCGCUGCUGGCAAACCGCAACGUCACGUGUGUCAUCUCAGCCGUGCACGAACUGGCGUUCGUGGAGAGGAAGUUUUACUGCUGGUUGAGCAGCGUCAAGAAGCUGCUUCUCACACCGCUCUACAACAAAGAGAGUGCGCGGCCCUCCCUUGGUGAGACGUGCUCUCGCCUCUUCCUUUCCCUCUGUGGGACCUUUAAUCAUCUGAGCGUCCUGAUUGGUCAACACUCAACAUGGCUCAGCCGCUCUGUGCACGAGGUGCAAUGCCAUGACGUCACUUCCCUUCACCUGCUCGUCCACACUCAGCACUUCCUGGACAUCUAUACUGCAUAUUGCACGGCUGUAGGUGACUUCCAGGUCAUGGGGGGAUUUCAGUCGCUCCAUAAGCUCUCGCUUGAGUUUUUAGGUUCCCAGCAGACCAAACUCGCAGAGCUUGAUGAAUCCGACCCAUCAGUCAGAGGCGCGGUCGAUCUGGGUUCCUUGUUGUACUGGCCUCUGCAGCACCUCCACCAGUACAGCCAAGUUCUGCUUAAACUGGAAGCCUGUUACGAUGUGCUCACAACAGAGUAUCAGUCCCUCCAUCAUAGCUGUAUGCAGUUUGAAAGCCUCUCUAGGUUUCUGCUGAGAAGGAAGAAGGAGGCAGAAGUCACUUUCCUCUUCUGGAAGACUCAUUCCGGAAAAAACACUGAGGGUCUGCGUCUCCCACAGCGUCGAGUUUUAUGUGAAAGCAGCAACAGAACUCUGACCCUGCAGGGUGCUGGGCGCUUCUCCAACCACUGGUUCAUCCUGUUCAACGAUGCCCUGGUUCACAUCCAGCGCGCCAUUCCCUCUCAGAGCCUCUUCUCCACUCAUCAUGUCUACCCUCUGAACUGCUUGUGGGUGAAACCACUCCCUGAAAACGACAGUGGAUGCUAUGCCAUCAAAAUUACAUGUCCAGAAGAAACCUUCACCCUGGUGGCUUCAACGCCAGAAGAGAAGAACAAGUGGCUUCAUUUUCUCCAUCAAGAGGUGGAUGGGCUGCUGGCUGGCGGAGGUCGGGGGUCACCGCCAGGAAUAACAGCAGUGUCCCGCACGGCGUCCUAUACAUUCACAGGAGAAGGAAGGUUGAAAGACGGCCAGUAUACUGGGAGCUGGCAUGCUGGACGUAUUCACGGCCGAGGAACUAUGAGAUGGCCGUCUGGACAGACGUACACCGGGAACUUUAAAAAUGGACUGGAGGAUGGAUACGGGGAGUGUAUAAUUCCAGACAAACUGCUGAAUAAAGCAGGUUGCUACCAGGGACACUGGCGGGAUGGCAAGAUCCACGGCUUUGGCAUCUACAGAUACGCCUCAGGCGACGUUUACGAGGGCUGCUUCAGCGAUGGCCAGCGCCAUGGCUACGGCAUGCUGAGCUCUGGGAAGAUGGACAAGACUUCUUCGGGUGUUUUCAUCGGUCAGUGGGUCUACGACAAGAAGACGGGAUAUGGCGUUUAUGAUGACAUCACCAGGGGCGAGAAGUACAUGGGAAUGUGGCUGGAUGAUGAGAGGCAUGGGAGGGCCUUGGUGGUGACUCAGUACGGCGUGUACUAUGAAGGACACUUCAGGGAAAACAAGAUGAGUGGUCUAGGUCUGCUGGUAUCAGAUGAUGACACUGCUUUCCAUGGGGAGUUCUCUGAAGACUGGACUGUCAACGGGAAGGGUGUGUUAUCCCUCGCCAACGGUGACUCUAUCGAAGGCCAUUUCAGUGGCGAGUGGAAUGCAGGUCUCAAGGUGACUGGAACUUACACCAAACUAGCCGCUGAUGAGCCCGAGGACAAAGACAGAGACCACUUUUUCAGGUUGGGUCAGCAUGUAGUGGCCGCAGGUGAGCGGUGGGUGUGUGUCUUUGACGAAUGCUGGAGGCGACUGGGCUGUGACGUCGCCGCCAGAGGAGACAGGACGACAGCCUGGGAAAACAUCGCCGUUUCCAUCGCCAGUGGACGCCAACACAGUCCGCACCUCAGCAGGUCUCAGAGCAAAGUGUUGGAGGGUUUGGAGUGCAUCCCCCAGCAUGGAGAAGCGGUCACGGUCAAGAACUACAACAACAUACAAAGAUACCUCACAAAGGCGUGUGAAACCCCGAUCCACCCUCUGGGCUGGCUGGUAGAGACUUUGGUGACCGUCUACAGGAUGACCUACGUGGGCGUGGGAUCCAACCGCAGACUGCUAAGGGAGGCUGUAAAGGAGCUGCAGGCCUACCUCCAACACUUCUACUGCAUCGUCAGGUUCCUGUUUCCUGGACUACCAGAAGAUGGCGGCAUCCUGCCAGAAACUCCAAUAUCUCCAUGUAAAAUCAGAUACAGCUCAAGUUCAAUGGAAGAAAGUUUUGUCACAGUAGUGAGCAGCUCCUCUCUGCUCCUCCCACGGCUGCUGCCACAACUCUACCCCCCUCUCUUCAUGCUCUACUGCCUACAUGACGAGCAGCAGGAGGUGCAGUACUGGGAGCGCAUCCUGCGCCUCAACAAGCAGCCCGAUCACUCCCUGCUCCGCUUCCUGGGCGUACAGGAAAAGUUCUGGCCCAAGUUCAUAACAGUUCUUGGAGAGACAAUCAAGAUUGGACCCAGCAGUAAAGAUGUCUGCUUUGUCUGCGCUGUGGAGACACUUCAACAAAUAAGCACCACUUUUACACCUUCUGAUAAACUGCUGGUCAUCCAGAGGACUUUUGAGGAGCUGACACAGGAAAUCAAACCAAUGCAGGAUGGCGACUUCCUGUGGUGUAUGGAUGACCUGCUCCCUCUCUUCCUCUACAUCGUGCUCAGGGCCAGCAUCAGGAACCUGGGAGCAGAAGUGAGUCUGAUAGAAGAUAUGAUGGAUCCUAAUGUGCAGCAUGGAGAGCUGGGACUGAUGUUCACCACACUCAAGGCUUGCUACAUUCAGAUCCAGCUGGAGUCCACCACGUAGAGCGGGAAGGACAACCCUCCCCAUCGUUGUCACCUGUAACAUGUAAUACUACUAACAAGUGUGUGUCAGCACUCCUCCACACACACACACACACACACACACACACACACACACACUGUAUAUUAACAAUAAUGUAUUCGAGCUCUUUGGUCUUUCCUUGAGGUGUGACCAUAGGGACAAUGUGUAAUAUAUAUAGUGUGUGUUCUCAGGGACUAAGAUGUAUAUUAGACACGUCACAUGUAUGUUCCAUAGCAGUUAGCACACGCUAACACCUGUUAGCUCACACACUGUUAGCGUUUUAUGCCUUCAAAUGCAACAUCAGCACUUUGCAAGAAUGAUGACGAACAAAAACCAGCACAUUGAUCACUUUGUGGCCACGUGUUCAAACGCAGACCAGAGGAGUCUUGUUGACUUUUUAGACAACCUGGGAGGACUUUCAAGUACAUUUCACACACCUAACUUUAUCAUGUCAUCUUCACACCUCUAACUUUAUCAUGUCAUCUUCACACGUCUAACUUUAUCACGUCAUCUUCACACACCUAACUUUAUCACAUCUUCACACACAUGUAACUUUAUCAUGUCAUCUUCACACGUCUAACUUUAUCACGUCAUCUUCACACCUAACUUUAUCAUGUCAUCUUCACACACAUGUAACUUUAUCAUGUCAUCUUCACACGUCUAACUUUAUCACGUCAUCUUCACACACCUAAUUUCAUGUAAUCUUCACACGUCUAACUUUAUCACGUCAUCUUCACACCUCUAACUUUAUCAUGUCAUCUUCACACACAUGUAACUUUAUCAUGUCAUCUUCACACGUCUAACUUCAUCACGUCAUCUUCACACACCUAACUUUAUCACAUCUUCACACACAUGUAACUUUAUCAUGUCAUCUUUACACGUCUAACUUUAUCACGUCAUCUUCACACACAUGUAACUAUCAUGUCACCUUCACACGUCUAACUUUAUCACGUCAUCUUCACACACCUAACUUUAUCACAUCUUCACACACAUGUAACUUUAUCACGUCAGCUUCACACCUCUAACUUUAUCAUGUCAUCUUCACACACAUGUAACUUUAUCAUGUCAUCUUCACACGUCUAACUUUAUCACGUCAUCUUCACACACCUAAUUUUAUCACAUCUUCACACACAUGUAACUUUAUCAUGUCAUCUUCACACGUCUAACUUUAUCACGUCAUCUUCACACCUAACUUUAUCAUGUCAUCUUCACACACAUGUAACUUUAUCAUGCCAUCUUCACAUGUCUAACUUUAUCACGUCAUCUUCACACCUCUAACUUUAUCAUGUCAUCUUCACACACAUGUAACUUUAUCAUGUCAUCUUUACACGUCUAACUUUAUCACGUCAUCUUCACACACCUAACUUUAUCAUGUCAUCUUCACACACAUGUAACUUUAUCAUGUCAUCUUCACACGUCUAACUUUAUCACGUCAUCUUCACACACCUAAUUUUAUCACAUCUUCACACACAUGUAACUUUAUCAUGUCAUCUUCACAUGUCUAACUUUAUCACGUCAUCUUCACACCUCUAACUUUAUCAUGUCAUCUUCACACACAUGUAACUUUAUCAUGUCAUCUUCACACGUCUAACUUUAUCACGUCAUCUUCACACGUCUAACUUUAUCACGUCGUCUUCACACCUCUAACUUUAUCAUGUCAUCUUCACACACAUGUAACUUUAUCAUGUCAUCUUCACACGUCUAACUUUAUCACGUCAUCUUCACACACCUAACUUUAUCACAUCUUCACACACAUGUAACUUUAUCAUGUCAUCUUCACACAUCUAACUUCAUCACGUCAUCUUCACACCUCUAACUUUUUCAUGUCAUCUUCACACACAUGUAACUUUAUCACGUCAUCUUCACACACCUAACUUUAUCACAUCUUCACACGUCUAACUUUAUCAUAUCAUCUUCACACGGCUGGCUUUUUAACGACGAGCACAGCAGAAGACAAAGUUUGCAGGGACCAAUCAGAGCCAAGUACUUGAAUGUCACGUGUUGUUUUACUCCUUUUACAUCCAACACUGAGACUACCACACUUCUAGUCAAAUGAUUGUGUUUGAUGCAUUCUCACCAGUUGUUUGUCACCACUUGAUUUUUUUUAUUGAAAGACUACUCUCUAAUAAAUAUGACAGGGAAGUCGCUAAGUUGGCAACACUGAUCCCUCUUGCUACGUCUUCUUAUUCUCCGUCAUUCACAAUGUUGCAUUUCUUGUUUUCCACGCCGUAAAAACACAACUUUACUGCAUUUUGUUCCUCAUCACUAGUUGUUUUUUUUGUUCAAAGACAGUCUUACGGCAUGAAUUAUGUACCGAAGUGUUUGAAUCUGCUGAGUUCUCCAACCUCUUAAGGCCCAAGCUGUUUGUUUACAUGCUUUUUUUUAUUUAUUUUUGCUGUUUGGGC